AUGCGGCGCGGGAUGAUGGCAUGGCGGAUGGGCGCCGCGGCAGCCCUGUUGGCGGUCAUGGCCUCGCUGGAGACGCCCCUCGCGGGCGGGGCGGGCGUGGACGGAUCGGGCGAGGAAGGCGAUCUCCCCGCCGCCCUGGGAGGGCGCCGGCUGAGGCUCAUUUCCGCCGGGCUGAGCCUGGCGCAGAGGCUGGCCGAGGCCAUCGCCAGCGGCAACAUCGACGAAGCCGCGCGCAUCCUUGUGGAGACGGUGCGCAACGGAGACUCGGAGUCCGUCAUCCAAGGCCUGUUCCAGUCGAGGAGCAGGCCUGGAAUCGCACAGACGAUAUUACGUGCAUUUGGGCUUGGUCUUGGAGGGCGGGAACUAUUAGACGUUGUGAAAAGAGGCUCGGACGGUCGCCAGGAGGCGUCGGAAGUCCUUCAAGAAGUGAUGUUCCUUGUUGAUGGAACCGCCAUACCUGCAACGCAAACGCCAGACGUUGAGUAUGUUGUUGAGGGCACUGUGGCAGAGCCACCUGCGCCAACUCAACAGGUGAUAAAUACCCCCAACCUAUGA